AACUAAUUAUAAAUGAUGGCAUCACUAAAAUGACAUACGAGUUGUUACAGUACAUCCGGUUCUAGACGAUAAAAAGGGCCUCAGAAGGGUCUUGAUGUAGACCAUUUAUUUUAUUUCGACUGCAGAUAAUAAAUUUGACAAUCAUGUUACUCAGUGUGUUGAUGAUGUAUGUAACGAUUCAACAGAGUGUGGCCUGUUGGAAUGCACCAUCACCACCUAUACUGACAAAUGAACAAGUAGAUGAUCUGUACAUGCUCUCUCAGGAACUCGAUAAUUUGACAUGUCAAGAGCUGCAGAACAGAGUCUAUAAUACAUCUGAGCCUCCAAUACAACUAUCAGAUUAUCAAAUGAUUGUACUUCUGAGCUCGUUUCCCCAAAGUUUUAAAGAACCUGUUAAUGAAACAUCUGGAAGCAUUUUUCAGUGCGAUGAAGGAGCUCUUUCACCUUUAACAAAAAGGAAGAGAAGACAAUCUAAUGGGAAAGUCAGGGUGUGCUCUGCUAUCAGUGAUUACAGAAUAAUUCAUCUGGCGUUGGAUAAACAUGGCGAAACCGUUUUAGUUCCACAACUCGGACUGUUUAACCUCGUUCAGGAAUUCACUGAAGAGUUGUGUUCAGAAGAUACAUGUAGUUCAAACUUGCAAUGCCAGUGUCAGAAUCAAUUGUCCCACACUGCCAAAUCUGUGGUCGCUUAUAUUAAGAGAAGAGAUCCAAAGUUUUACGAAUCUGAAAUACAGCUGCAAUCAUGUUCGGCUUACAUACUGUACUAGUAAAAAAUAAAUUAGUAUUGCUACUGGUGUUCACACUAGAGACAUUAAAGAUGUAUUGUCCAUUGAAAAUGCGAAAAAAUUAUAAAAAUAUAAUUUUGAAAUUAACUUGCUCAUUCUGCAGUAACAUACAAAUGAUUCAUGUGAGCACAGGAAUUAUUAAAGUUAAAAAAUGUGUACCCUGAAUUUUAAACUGGAAAACUACAUAAUAAAAGUAAUAAAACACUUCCAGUGACUGGAAGUGUUUGUAUCGUUUAUCGCUGUAAAAUUAUGGAUACACUAAUUUCUAUGUUCAAGUUGAUAAUUUUCAUGUUAUUUCAAAAAGGGCAAGUUAAUUUCAACAAUUUUUAUGACUUUUUUUGUAUUUUGCAUGGGACAAUACAUCUUUAAUCUGUAUUUAAACGCUAACGCCAAAACGACGCCAGUUACAAAGGUAGAUUUUUAGACUGUAGGUAUACUUUUUUACAUCGUCGACGUCGAAAAACACUUUUAAUAGUAUUACAUCAAUUAGCUUAGUUCAAUCAAUAAUAAAUAACAGCUGCUUGACCAUAUUUUGAUAUUGCACUUCAAUCUGAUGUAAAAAUUAAAAUUAUUUUCUAAUAUAUUUAGAUAUAUUGUUGUCAAACACAAAGUACUUGUGGUAUAUUUGAGAACGUGUUUCUGUCAACCAAUUUUAUUGUACUUCUGAGAGAGUAGAAAUGAAAACUAUUAUUAUUUGGAUACUCAUAUUUCAUCAAAUACCAAGUUUAAGUUUUAGACAAGCCUUGAUAACUAAUAAGUUAACAGUAUUAGGGAGAUUUCGGAACUUUACGAAAACGAUGACGAAUAAGAAUACGUCACAUUCAUUAUCGUCAUUCGUACCUAAAUCAUUCUUAGCAAUACAUACACGACCUGAAUAUGAUCGUUGAUUCAUUUAAAAGUCAUGAAUCUUCUACGUUGUGCAGAUAUGUUACUGUUAGAAUUGAUUGACUAAAAAAUGAUGACGUAACUGUAUUCGUUAUCGUUUUUGUAAGCACAUUUAUUAUUAUUAUUACAAUUAGCGUAGUUCAAUCAAUGGCUGCGGUAGAAUGUAGUUAGAACACACAGUAGUUUGGUAUAUAUAGAUAAUAAGGAGUUUUCGCAAGCGAAUACGGAUACGGAUACGUCAUCAAAUUUGUAUACAACCAUUCCCCUACAGUUACAUAUCUGUCACAACGCAGGCGAUUCAUUUUUUUUUGCAUGAAUCAAGGAUCAUAUGCAGCUCGCACAGCAUAUUGUUAAGAAUGUUUGAGGCACGAAUUAUGACGAUAAUGAUAAUGACGUAUUCGUAUUCGUCAUCGUUUACGUAAGGUUGAAAUCUAUUAUACUUACUUUUUACAAAAAAUAGAAAUGACAAAUUACGUUAAUAUAUUUACAUAUCUUUUAACAAAUAAUGUUUUAGCCAAUGCCGUAAUAUCAUAUAGGUCAAUUAUAUUAUCUCAGUCUUGUCCUGUGGUGGAUUGGUGAACAUUAUUAAUGAAAAUAGUUUUUUUUUUAAUUAUUUAUUAAUAUCAUUAAUUAAAUUUUAUAAAAAAAAUGAAAUAGUAAACAUAUUAGGAUUCACAAUUUGUAUAAAUAACUAAGUGUAA